AUGUUGAUUGAGCAAAUUUCAACUUCAUCCUCAUCCUCAGAUGCCGGCGCCAAGAGUGGCGACCGGGAAACCUCGUUCCAGGCCCAAGUUGAAAAUCCUAGCCCAUCCUCUCAACUUCCACCACAAACCAGCACCGCCGCUCCACCGCCCGCAGUGGACGAAGAGACCCAACGGUGCCUCGAUAAAAUCCUCCGGAGUAUACCCUCUGAGAUGGACAAUGCGGCCGCUUAUGCCGCACUCAAAGCUAGACUUGGGAUUUCCCGGUUUAAAGAGCCUGCUUCGUCUUCUAAAACAAAAAUCCCACCUAGCUCUCCUACAUCACCUUCACCAUCUCUCAUCCAACCUCCGCCAUCUCCUAUAGCCCAACCUUCGUCUCCUUCCCCAACAUUUACCCCUAUCCAGCCAGUGAAAUACGACGGGGAAGCCUCCGACGAGGAAGGCUGGAUGGAGGAUUAUGGGCAGCCAUUUGCUAUCCCGUCGCCAACAAGCGGUGGCGGCUCCACUUCGAUCCACGAGCCGCAUUUGACUGGGGGCGGCGAAAUCAACGAUGAAGAAGAGGAGGACCUCCACCCGUUGUUCGACUAUAGGGAAGUUGAGAAGGAGGAGGAACCACCACGCCGUCAGACGCACCGUAUGACAACGGACCGGCUCCUAGAGGAAGCUGAAACCCUGAAAACCUGA